AUGGCUGUCGCACCGAUCACCGGCAUGCUCCGCCGCAGGCUGAUUGUUGACCUGACCGUGGCUCUCAGUCUCGGCACGGCGGCCGGCAGCGCCUUCUGGUACGGCUUCCACAUCCCCCGGACCGUUGCGCGCGACACCCACUACCAGAAGCUGGAGCAGGAGCGCGCCGAGCGGACAGCAGCUUCUGCUGCGGCCGUCGGCCGUCGAAUCCUGGCCGAGAUUGAAGAAACCAGCCUGGAAGAGCUUCUGCACCAGAUCCGGACAAGGACCAGCAUCUAUUCCGAUCUUCCCAGCCCAUCGCUGGACGUUGGUGCGGGAGCUCCGUCUGCUGCUGCUGCUGCUGCUGCCACUACCACCACCACUCCCAGCAUCCCCAUCCCGGCUCUCCAGCGGCUCGUCACCGCCCAUUUCCGGGCCACCAGGUCGCCCGGCCUCGACAUCGGCGGACCCCAUCCGCUGCCGCUGUUGUAUCUGCUCGUGGCCGCCAUCGUAGCCGCGCCGCGUCGCCAGGCCGUCAUCGUCGUCGACCUGGAGGCCCGCUUUGACGUUGCCGCCCUGCUGGGAAUGCGUGCACGCAUCGUCGAUGUCGGAACCGAUGCCGAAACCGAUACCGAGACACCUGUCGAAUCUGGCUCUCCUGUCGCUUCAGAUGACCUCCGACACGUCCACGUCUUCCGCGUCGAUCCCCGGCUGUCGCCCUCGGCCGCCUCUGAUGCCAUCGCUGCCGCCCAGCAGCGCGUGCUCUACGGCCCCCAACGCCUGCGCGACCGCUCCUGCUGGGGCACGCUCAUCGUCGGCAGCGCUGGACUGGCCGGCACCACCUCCAGCUCCGGCUCCGUCUCGGCGCGCACGGGCCUCUACGGCUGGCUGCGCAUAGACGCGGCUCUGGCUGCUCUGCCUUCGCCGCUGACCCGCCCCCCAUCCGCUUCCAUCACGUGGAUCGCCAGCUCGCCCUGGGGCAGCUUUGCUUUCCAGCUGCUCAGAGACGUCUGA